AUGCAAUUCUCCCACGCUCUCAUCGCCCUUGUUGCGGCCAGCCUUGCCAAUGCGCAGCUCCCUGAUAUCCCUCCCUGCGCGCUGAACUGCUUCGUCGAAGCCCUCGCUGGCGAUGGUUGCUCCAGCUUGACCGACUUCGAAUGCCACUGCAAGGUCCCCACUCUCCCAGGCAAAAUCACCCCUUGCGUUGAGGCUGCCUGUGAGCCUGACGCGCAAAGCUCCGUCUCCAACAUCGUUGUCUCCCAGUGCUCCGCUGCUGGUGUCCCCAUCGAGCUUCCCCCAGUUGGUGGUUCUCCCACCGGUAGCUCUGCUGAGCCCACUGAUGCUCCCACCGAUGCUCCUACCGACUCCCCCACCCCCACCCCAACUGAUGGAGAGCAGACUCCCUCCGGCGUUCCCUCCGGAACUGGUUCUUACACCAUUCCCGCCCCCACUGGCAGCGUCCCACCUGGUGAAGGUGCUGGCUCCAACCUGAACACCAACAUUGGAGGCGUUGCUGCCGCCAUCCUUGCCGUUGCUGCUUACCUGUAA